UUAGUUCAUUAAUUUAUAGGGGAAAUUAGUGGAAAUAAAACAUUUAUAAAGUGGGAAUUUGCUCUUACUUUCAACCAGUGGUAUUAAAAAUGAAACAAAUAGAUUAUAUUCUUAAUAUUUAGCACUUAAUAUUAACAUUGAAUAACUAAUCAAACUUUAUUCAUUGUUAAACUUUGUCAAUUUGUGAAUGAAAAAAUCGAUUCGCCCAAAAACCUCUUGCCAACGAGAGGUCACUUCAAGGGUCAACUUGUAAAUAGAAAAAACUCCAAUCCCAGCAGUCGAACAUAAACCAAUAUAAUUUAAACUUUGAGAACAACAAAUAGAGCAAUAUGGAUGACUUUCAAACUGCUGAAGAGACAACAUUUGUUGUGGAUGAGGUGAGCAACAUUAUCAAGGAAGCAGUGGAAGGGACUAUAGGAGGCAGUGCAUACCAACACAACAAGGUCAACCAAUGGACAUCAAAUGUAGUAGAGCAGUGCCUAAAUCAACUCACCAAACUAGGAAAGCCUUUCAAAUAUAUUGUUACAUGCGUGAUCAUGCAGAAGAACGGUGCAGGCCUCCACACAGCUAGUUCCUGUUUCUGGGAUAACUCCACGGACGGCAGCUGUACGGUCAGAUGGGAAAACAAGACCAUGUACUGUAUCGUUAGCGUCUUCGGAUUGGCCAUCUAAAGUUUACCACCCAUGGCGGUCAUCUGUCGACAGAGAAUGGUCUGUGACCAAUGCAAGGAUUUGACCAAUGGACAAUUGAGUGCUUUAAUACAGCAAUGAUGAUUCCACUUCCCAAUGUUGUCUUGAGUUGACGUACAUGUAUCGUAUCAUUCUAUUAAUGUACUUGUAUCUCUUUUGAUUUCCACCUUGUUUCCUUCACUAGAGAUAAUGUGUGUUCUCCAUUUAUAUCAUUUUCAGAAAGGUAUUUGUUUUGCAGUAUUAUCUCAAGGUUAAAUUUUAUUUUUGUUUUCAGAAAUGGCCAAAACUAAACGAGCAAGUAUUAGUAUGCUUGAAUAACACCAGAAGCAUUCCAGAUUCGACAUAUUCAGAACCAAAACAUUGAUAUCAGUGUGCGAUGUUUAGAUGUGCGUCUGCUCUCGGGUCAGACUUGCUUUAUGUGGGGCAACCAUGAUAAGUCAAGGGAAGUAGAGAAAAGUAGAGACAGUGGAAAGAAAUAGAUUAUUUAUUAUCAAGGUAGUUGGUGAUGUUUUCUUUAGGAAUCUCCCCUGUCGCUUGCCCCUUGUUGAACGUCAUGAAAUCAUCUGCUCAUGCUCGGAGUGUGAAGGUUGUCCAUUUUGCAGGAAGUUUGCGAAGACCCUUCAUGUUAUCCGUAGUAGCAAUAUUCUUUCAGUUUCAUAAUCUUAAUAAUGUACAUACAUGUAUACAUCUACUUAAUAUAGCAUGAUACAAAGGGCACAUUAAUGGGAGGUUGAAUGUGAGAAAUAACCCAAGUUCCUUUAUAUUUCAAUUUGAAAAUUGAAAAUUGCUACCCAUACCCCACCACCCCAAAUAAAGACAGCUAACAAUAUUAAUUUCUUACCCAGAUGACAGUGUAUUAAAUCAUAUAUGACUCACCGUUUUGUUCACAGUUUAAUGAGUCAACAUAUUACAUAUUACUGGAAAAUUAAAGACCAGAAUUUAAUGUUGAUAAAAACUAAUUUCAGUUAUCUAAUUUAACCAUAAUUUCAUACAUCUAAACAUAAAAAUGUAUGAUAGGUUGUAGAGCCUUAGCAGUUUAUAGAUAGUUAUUAAUUGUACAUAACAUGUCCAUGAUGCAAAAUUAUUAUUAACUGUAAUAAUGCAAAUGUACAAGACAUAUGUAAAUACUUUCUUCUUGAACAUAUUUUUGUUGGCAUUAUCAUAUUUUAUUUCCUUUCUCUGCGAUCCAUAAUUGAGACUUGUGUACAUGUGUUGCAGAUCUAACCAAUCACUCUUUGUAGCAGUGCAGUUAACUGGUCUGAUGAUAUUUGCUUUGAUUUCCUUUUAACUCACACUUACUAAAAAAAUUCCUGUUCCUACCUCUCUCCCACUAUGCACUUAUGAUUUAAGAGUUUAAUAAAAUUAAUUUGCAGCUGUUCUAUUUUCAUCACCUUUAUGAGUUAUUUUCCACCGACUGUCUUCUAGACAGAAAUUACGUUGUACUUCACAGAGCAAGUUUCCUCUUCAUCCUGCUGUGUGUACUAUAAUUUUGCAUUGCAUUUAUUUGGGAUCAUCAGCUGUAAAGCCAGCAAGGUGCAAAUUCUUUACACCUUAUAUAGCCCCCUCAUUGUCCAACUAAGGCAUGAAAUAAUUGCAUGUUUUAUGUGUUGACAUGUUAUCAGUAAUUUAUGACAAGCAUGUAUAUAAAUAUACUGUGAUGGGAAGAAGGCGUUUUAAACCUAUUUUAUACUUUAAAUAACUCUUUUGCUCUUUAUUGUAAAAUCACCCUCCCAUCUCCCUCCCCUCGGAAAUGCAUGUUUUGUUUUUAUAGAUAACUUUAUAUCUUUGAUGUGAUGUGUGUUUAUUGUAUUAAAGGAAAAUUCUAUGCCAUGAAA